GCUCAUUAACGUUUCGCUUGGCUAAGUGCGCACCUCGUCACUGAAACCAGUUAGCAAAAGAAAUUUUUGUUCAAGCUUAAACCGAUACCUACGUCACUAUUCGAUCAUUUUGAAUGCAAAUUAUUCCCAGAUUAAUAAACUAGGUCGCCAUCCGUGGCGCUGCCGCCGGGCUGCGGACCCGUACUUUCGACGGAAAAUAUCGGGACCAUUUUCAUAAACGAUCUAUGAUACAGUUUUAAAACACUUUAACGCUUUCCAUCGUGCACACUUAAAACAAAACUCAUAAAGUGAAAGUUCAUAUCCUGGCAAGUAAAAAGUGAUAAAUGUUAAAACGUCUGAAGUGAUAGUCUGGAGUUUGAUUACCAGGUGAAGAAGAUAAUAUAUAUGGGAUGUACAAAGUUGGCAACGAAGCCCCCCUUCUAACAACAAUGAAAAAGGGAGUAAUCCUACUUUCUCACUUUCAAUAAUAAACAUACGCACGUCAGCCACCGUCGAAGUCUCCAACGCCGCAUUAAAAAUAAUUAAUUAUGAUGCUAACAACUGAACACAUAAUGCAUGGGCAUCCCCACUCGUCAGUCGGGCAGAGUACUCUAUUUGGGUGCUCCACGGCGGGCCAUAGCGGAAUAAAUCAGCUGGGCGGCGUAUAUGUUAAUGGCCGGCCACUGCCCGAUUCAACGCGUCAAAAAAUUGUCGAAUUGGCUCAUUCCGGCGCACGUCCUUGUGAUAUUUCAAGAAUACUACAAGUGUCCAACGGUUGCGUAAGCAAAAUUUUGGGCAGAUAUUAUGAAACUGGAUCGAUAAAACCUCGAGCUAUAGGUGGUUCAAAGCCACGAGUAGCUACAACCCCGGUUGUGCAAAAAAUUGCAGAUUACAAACGGGAAUGUCCCAGCAUAUUUGCGUGGGAAAUACGAGAUCGACUGCUAUCGGAACAAGUUUGCAAUAGUGAUAACAUUCCAAGUGUUUCAUCUAUUAAUCGAGUCUUACGUAACCUGGCCUCACAAAAGGAGCAGCAAGCUCAGCAACAAAACGAAUCCGUUUAUGAAAAGCUUCGCAUGUUUAAUGGCCAAACGGGCGGAUGGGCAUGGUAUCCAAGCAAUACAACGACGGCACAUUUGACGCUACCACCAGCAGCUUCCGUUGUGACAUCUCCUGCAAAUUUAUCAGGACAGGCCGAUCGGGAUGAUGUUCAAAAAAGAGAAUUACAAUUUUCAGUAGAAGUUUCGCAUACAAACUCUCACGAUAGUACAUCGGAUGGAAACUCUGAACAUAAUUCAUCCGGGGACGAAGACUCUCAAAUGCGGUUGCGCCUAAAAAGGAAGUUACAGCGCAAUCGGACAUCAUUUUCUAAUGAGCAAAUUGACAGUCUUGAAAAAGAAUUUGAAAGAACACAUUAUCCCGAUGUUUUUGCGCGAGAAAGGCUUGCUGAUAAAAUUGGUUUGCCAGAGGCACGUAUUCAGGUUUGGUUUUCAAACCGACGAGCUAAAUGGCGCCGAGAAGAAAAAAUGCGAACUCAGAGACGAUCGGCCGAUACCGUGGACGGCAGUGGUCGAACCAGCACGGCAAAUAAUCCUUCAGGAACAACUGCAUCUUCCUCCGUCGCAACGUCAAACAACUCGACUCCAGGGAUUGUGAACUCAGCAAUCAACGUUGCGGAACGAACAUCAUCUGCAUUAGUUAGUAAUAGCCUUCCCGAGGCUUCAAAUGGACCAACUGUUUUGGGUGGUGAAGCUAAUACUACACACACCAGCUCUGAAAGCCCACCCCUUCAGCCAGCGGCACCGCGGCUACCCUUAAAUUCUGGAUUCAACACCAUGUACUCAUCUAUUCCACAACCGAUUGCAACGAUGGCUGAAAAUUACAACUCCUCAUUAGGAUCAAUGACCCCGUCAUGCUUACAACAACGCGAUGCCUAUCCUUACAUGUUUCACGAUCCGUUAUCACUAGGAUCUCCCUAUGUGUCAGCCCACCAUCGAAACACAGCUUGCAACCCCUCAGCUGCGCACCAACAGCCCCCUCAGCAUGGCGUUUAUACCAAUAGUUCUCCAAUGCCAUCAUCAAACACAGGUGUCAUUUCUGCGGGCGUUUCGGUGCCUGUCCAGAUUUCAACGCAAAAUGUAUCUGACCUAACGGGAAGCAAUUACUGGCCACGUCUUCAGUGAUCGUCAAUCUUUGGCUCACCAUUAGAUCAUUUGUCAAAGGCGACUGCCGCUGCAAUCAUUGCCGCACAAGCAGCUGAGAAAAGCCAUAAACACCGAAAAGAGCAUUCAAUUGUUAGUAUACACACCACAAAAAGAAAGAAAAACCCACCUAGUUUGAAGAGACAGACAACGUGCUGUUCAUCCAGAUAUUUAAACAUGACCUUCGGGGCGGGGAAGGAUGUAGAUGUUGUCAUAGGCCAAGGUCUUAUAGUGUCCUUAACACCACAUAUUUCAGGAAAGCCGGAGCUUUUUGGUAGUCCUAACGUUAACUACCAUCAGGACUUUCAAGUAAUUUAAAUAGGCUGAACCUUUUCGGUCUGAAACUUGUGAAUUGCACACUAUAUGUAUUUUAAAAGGCAAAUGAAAUGUUAAAUCUACAUUAAAAUUGAUGUUAUUUUUGAAUAAAAAUUCAAGAUUUGUAAACAAUAUUUCCGCAUCUUUCGCAUCCUUUUUUAAGUUCCAAACAUUCCUGAUCUGCUAAGAUAGGUUAAAGUAUUUCGGGGAAUCUUCAACUUUACUGUUGAUAAGCACGCAAUCGGGAUAUUAGACUUCUGCAGUUGCUUGCAAUUUUUUAAGCCUUCACAAUUAUAUUUAUAUUUUGAACCAUUUUUUGAUAUUAUAAAUUAAACUUAUUCAUGUAUUAAUACUAUUUAUUAAUCGUCUUUAAGUAAAGAAUGAGCAAUUAUGCUCAUACAUACUUAAAAAAAAAACCAUGUGUUACCAAACUUAGGGAAGUGCGUGGAAGACGGAUAUAAAGCAAAGUGACGUUAUACAUGAUUUUACAUUUACAUUAAAUUCUUAUAUGACAAUUUAUGUUUUUAGAGUCGUAGGCGUUAUAUAGUUUCUUCUACUAGUAACGUACUUCUAAACAAAUCUCUCAUACCCUUUUCCUCUACGAUUAUAUCACCAAAUUGUUUUGUUUCCCAAAUAUAACCAUUGCAUUUUGAAUUAAAAAUUACAUUUUUUUAAGUUCAAUAAAAACUACCAGAUAAUGCUAAUUAAAGGUCUUAUAAACAUUUUGACGAAAUUAUGACUUUGAAUUAUAUAUAUACAUUUAAGUACACGAACAAUUUCUACUGUACGUAACUAUUAAAAGAUAUAGUGUUUCUAAUUUGAUCGGCAUGAAAUAAACUAAAACCACUGAUUCAUUUGCUAGAAAACCCAUAAACCUCAUAAAAAUAAAUAAAAAACAUUUCGCGCAUACUGGUCGAUAUGUUUUAAAAAUUGUAUAUUUUAUUAUAAUGUAUUCAAAUUAUAAAUUAUCUGUACAUGAUUCUUUUAAAUGUAAGCUAUUAGUUAUUAAUCCAUGUGUACACCGUUUGUAAAACAGAAACUUAUAACAACGUAAGAUUGAAUGAAUUGCAACGAACUUGACUCCAAUGAAGGAAAUGAGCUAACAUCUCAUCCAGAUAAACACCAACCCCAACAAGCCUUCAGGUUUAUAUCAUAAUAAUAAAAUGUCGUAUAUGUAUAAUGUAUGGUUCAAAUUUAUAUUUAGAAUAAAUUAAUGUAACAUUUCAGAAUAUACAGGUGUAUCUGUUGUUCUUAAAAGGGGCUUAAUGAAAUCCAACUUUAAUAAAAAACAAGAGAGAAUGCUAUAGUCGAGUUCGUCGACUAUUAGAUACCCGUUACUCAGCUAGUGUGUGACCGUUUUGGCUGCAAAAAACGAUAGAAAUUUACACAACUAAUAAAAUUUAAAAAAAAAAUAUUCAAAAAAAAUUUC